GCAAUGCUUUUGUUUUUGAAAAUGCCACACGUUCGGAGUCUACACAUCAUGCCCUGCUGCUAUCACAAGCUAGCGUUGAGCGAUGCUCGUGGCAAGGCCAGUUUCGUGCACUUUCCGUUGAGUGCAGCCUUAAAAGGAGCACUGGAAGCUGGGGCUGGGGCGGUCAAUGUACACUUCAACCGGCCAUUUCUGCGACUCGCCUGUCAGCAGACAAGUGCACGUUGGCGGCACACCAGUGCUCUAGAGCAUGCCAUCCAUGGCAGGCAGAUGUUCCUGCGUGCUCUGGCGGAGGGUCUUCGGGCGGAGAAUGAAUUGCUGGUCAGACGGAAGUCUAAAGGGAGACUCACAGAGGCACUGAACUUUGAAGAUGUGCAGGAGAGCUACCAAUUGCGCUUAGAAGAGACAGCUGCGCCGUUGAGUUGGCAAUCGAAGCAUGAGCAGCACUUCCAGGAAAUAAUGGCACGCUUUGCAAACGGACAGGGCCCUCGUUUAGCGGAGGCGCUGACUUGUUUGCAGACAGCCAUGCAGAAACUCUGCGAGAAUGUGGUGCUUUUCGACCGCCUUUGCUACUUGGAGGAGGCGGCUGUGGCUCAAGGACUAAGUGUAAGAGCUCGCUAUGAGCAGCUUCUUGAUGAAAAAUUAUCACCACGCUGCUUUGUCUUGGUUGCCGAAAAGUUGACGUGAUGCGGGCUUGGAGCUUGGAGCUAGGGAUGGAGCAGAUUCGAAUACACGACCCAUGCUCUUUAAUGCAAUUAGCGCGCACUCCAGCACCUGCCUGGCCCUGAACCUGUUGUUUGCAUUUUAAAGGCGGCUGGGUAGUGUGCGACCGCUGCCUGUUGCCAUCAAUUAGAAUCAAUGCCAGCCUAGUCGCAACAAAAACAAUGCUCGACUACCAUAUUUCCAUUUUCCAUUUGUCGUUUAUGGAGUCGUUCGCUUCUUGCUCAUUACACGGCGCAUCUUCAGUGUAAUGUUUACUUUUUACAAUUUACCAGCAUAAUUAAA